AUGGACUGGAGAUCUCAGUUGUUGGAUGGACUCAAGGCGAGGGAUGACCGGAUUAACGCUUUCAAUGCCAAAGACAUUCCGAACGUAAUUCAGUCAUUCAAUCGAAUGACGGAGGUCAUACAGAUGCAAGAGUCUGAGCUCUCACUAUUCAACACAUCAUCUGUCCACCAAGAUCUGAAAUCAAAAUCAGAGGAGAACCAGAAAUUAAAAUCGGAAAAUUCAAGACUAAAAUCACAAAACACCAGCCUCUCACGGGAUUUACAACGUGCGAGGGUGUCCAAUUCAGAGAAGUCCAAACGGCUAGAUCUUAUGACCGAGGAGAACCAACUGAAAUUCAAGAAUUUCGAGGUUAUAAAUGACGAAAUUCUGUCUCUACAGAUUGAAAAUAAUGUUUUGAACGAAAGAAACAAAUCUUUGGCUGAAGAGAAUGAGAAGCUGGUGAAGAGGUGGCUAGACAAGGUGGGCAAGGAUGCACAAUUUUUGAAUGAAUUAAAUGCGAAGUCAGAUGAAACUAGGGAACAAAUACAAUGA